GCAGAGAACAACCACCAAUGGUCACGACUGCCGUCGCGGCGGUCGCCGGCGCCGUGCCGCCAGCUCGGAAAGCCCAAGCGGUAACUGUGGCCACAACCACAGCACUACCUCCCACCCUCACUAGAAGGCAGCUCCUCGCCGCGGUCGCCACCGCCUCCACCCUCCCCACGGCCGCCGCCUCAGCUGCGGCCCCCAGGUUCGCCGAGAUUCCGGGCUCCGGCGGCGUGAAGGCCCUGGACCUCCGGGAAGGUUCGGGAGAGAUCCCGGCCGUUGGCGACCAGGUUGCGGUUCAUUAUUAUGGGAGAUUAGCAGCGAAGCAAGGAUGGCGCUUCGAUUCGACGUAUGAUCACAAGGACGAGACCGGCGAUCCCAUGCCGUUUGUCUUCACCCUUGGAUCCGGCAAGGUUAUACCUGGCAUGGAAGCAGCAGUGAAGUCCAUGAGAGUCGGCGGUCUUCGCCGAGUGAUCAUUCCACCAUCGCAGGGAUACCAAAACACGUCACAAGAACCGGUUCCUCCUAAUUUCUUUGAUCGGCAGAGGCUGUUCACCACUAUAUUCAACCCGACGCGCCUCGCAAAUGGCGAGGGUUCCACUCUCGGCACACUUAUCUUCGACAUCGAGCUAAUCAACAUUAGGCAACGUCCAUAACUGUUCUGCUCCAUACUCUUGUGUCUAAAAAGUUGUUCCGUGCAAGAAUCUGGUUAUGCUUUAAGUAACUGUCAGCGCUCCUUCGGUCAAUCCCCAAUUACAUAUUGUAAUGCAUACUGAUCGCUGACAGACGAUAUAUGAAGAAAAAUCAAUUGAAUGCGGAUUUGAUUCCGUUGUUCUA